UGGCGUGUGGUGGCGCCGGGGCCGCCUCCACCCUCCCGCGGUUCGCACAACUUUUGCGGCUGAAAGCGCGCUCGCAUCCCGCUCCUCUCGCCGCCACCCUCGGCCAGGCGCCCGGCAUGUGAGCGCGGGCGGCCGCCGCCACCAUGGCCUCACCGCGCGCCCCGCGGUGGCCGCCGCCACUACCGCUGGUGCUGCUGCUGCUGCUGCUGCCACCGCCCGCCACCCCCAGGAUGCGGGGCCCCCUUCUCUCCCCGGCCAACCGCGCGCUCCUCCCGGCCGUGGGGCCGCCUUCGCCGCUUGGCCCCGGACACACGGCCCCCGGGCCCGGCGUCACGACCCGGCGGGGACGGUCUGGCCGGAUCCCCAGAGGCGUGAACGCGGUCACUGCAAGGAGCCAUGGGACAGAAAGUAACAACACUGAACCCGACGUAGGAAAUACCCCCUUCUACCAGAGUCAAGAGGACCAUUCAGGUUCCAGAAAAGGAGUGACAGCUCAGACUGCCAGACUGAGCCACAGUUCUUCAGACGCCUCAGGAAACCCCUCUUUCCUGCCUGAGACAAACGCUGAGGGGAGGAUCAAGCCUUCCAGCGGAGCAAUGGCCACCGUUCCACAUGCUGAACACACGCCUGAGAUGACCACGGCCCUGGCCACCCACGGCAGCUCCUUGUCCUCGGAGAGCCUUCCCCGGUCAUCCAGCAGUUCCAGGUCAGAAGGAGGAAUCACCGUUUCUCAGACAGAGAGUGGAAUAUCCCCAGGCUUCCUGGAGACGGCAAGGGAACUCCCAGAAGAAGGGACUGUGCACACACAAGUGGCUGGCAUUUGGGUUUCCAGCCAAGCCUCCCUUCCUGCUUUGGAACUCAGGGAACCAACCAUGUUCUCCCAGAAGAGAAAUUCAUCAGGCCAGGAGCAUUCUGAGCUGCAGUUCCCUCAGACCCAGAGUCAACCACCUCCCUCAGGCCAUCCCUCGUCUUCUGGAAGUAUAAAGAAUUUUAACGACUCCGCUAAUCUCCAAAGCCUGUCAGUCACUCAGACAAAGAGUACACAUGUCACCAACACAUUCACUGAUGGUGUCACCAGAAUGCUCUGGUCUUUGACUGUCAGCGUGGAACCCGUAAAUGAGACAGAGAGCUUGCCUGCGCAUUCCAGAAUUGCCGUAACAUCAGCCUCGGUCCCUUCUCCGCCCUCUGUGGGUGACUCCAGGACAGACAGCAGACUCACUGAGAGGCCUGGAGAUGGAGAAGGCAUUGAGCCAUCUAUAGAAAAUGGAGUUGGAAUUCCAUCCAUACACUGGCAAAGUGAUUCCCCCACCUUUGGAGGACAUCAGCUCGCCGGCAGCCCCGAAGCAGGAAAUGGCAGUGCCACGCCUCUGACUGAGAUAGCUUUUAGGCCAGUCCCCUCCAUUGCUGAUGGAGCGAGCACAGGACAGUGGUUCCCCGCCAAGAGCAAAACGUCUACAGAUACCGCAGAGAGCUCUGCUUUACAUCCAGACACGAGGAACCCUUGGGUUCGAACUCCGUUCUCACACACUGCACAGCAGCCCCGAGGUGGUGGCUCACGGCUGGGUAGGAAGAAUUUCUCAGAGUCUUCAUCUUCAGCUUCCUCGGAAAGUCUGGAUUCCUCAGCCACACGUGGAGAACAUUCAAUUCCGGAAGACAGUGUGCUGUUGAGCUACAGCUCGGACCGGGCAGGGAGCACUUCCGGGGUGCGGUCCCCAAACAUGCACACGUCUACGAUGCUCACCCGGAGCGGGGAGCGCACGCUGCGGUCCCUCGGACUCUCACACGCCGCUACGCACCCCGUGCACCCUAGUCUGCGUGGGAACGUGACGGAGCACGCAGGCCUGCUGUCCCGGGCACCUACCCUUGGAGUCACUGAGCUGAACCAGGGUCCAGAGCGUGGCUCAGAUGCUGAACCACGGCCUUCCAGUGACCACACAGACCACGCCUAUGCCUCGUCUGCUUUCACCAAAGGAGAGCGGUCGUUACUGUCCAUUACAGAGAACUCUUCCUCCUCAGACACCAGCGAGAGCGCAACCUCUUCUGCUAAGAUCUCAGACUCUCCACGCGUAGACUUUUCUUCUUCUCAGGGGCAGACUAAAAGAAGUAACGCGUCCUCCUACGAUGGCGAACCUGCUCAGUCUUCCACCAAGUCGCUGGUUCUGCUUCCAUCUAACCUUCCGUCCCCCGCAUCCACCGUGAAUGUGCCAAACACCCUGGUUCUUGGUGCCAGCACUAAACCUGUUGAGGACCCAUCCGAGUCAGAGGCCCCUUGGCCCCUUCCCUCAGAGUCACCUCCCCACCGGUUUUCAGCCACCGUGCCAUCAACGGGGUCUCCCACACAGCAGCUAAAGUCUACUUCCGACACAGCCACGCCCUCGUCAUCCUCACUGUCACCUUUGCCUGUCUCCUUCAUGGUGUCAACCCUGGCCCCACACUCUGUCUCACAAGCAACCUUCCCACGCUCAUCUUCUACCCUAGUCCCCCACAGGGCGAGGGAGCCACGUGUAACGUCGGUCCAAAUGUCGACAGUGGAAUCAGCCAUAGCCAUGUUCCCCGGUAACCAGACAGCAGACCCCAAGAACCAGAGCGCCCCGCAGCCAGAGAAAGCCAUCACAGAAGCACAGUCUCUGCCCACAGAUCCUACCCAAGCAGUAACGAUGAGCCUUCCUCCAGGGACCCCUUGGUCCCCAGCCUUAAUGGGGUUCUCCACAGAGCCAGCCCUUCCAGCCACCAGCACCAGCUUAGCCCAGAUGUCUCCAGCUUUGAUGUCUUCCACUUCCCAGACUCCCCACUCUCCUGCCACCAGUCCCAGCACCCUGUCAGGCACAGAAGCUUUGACUCCGGGUGUCAUAGUUGUGCACAUUACCCCUGAGAAACCGCACCUGCCGACCAGUCCUGAAAUUCCAGUGCCGCAGACCUCCACGGAAGGGGCCCUCACCACAGAAGGGAACCGGGUGCAAAUGGGCACCACCACCUAUGCUGUCCCUCUGACCACUACACCCACAUCAGCAGGAGCUAUCACAAAGCUUGACCAUGCGGAAGAGGCCAGCCCGGUUUCACCUUCUCUCAGACCAUCUUCCCCUCAAACUACAAGUGUUUCUACGGCUGAAAUGUUGACGUCCAAAUAUACCACCAUUGCUGCUCAGAGCACCCCAGAGUCACCAACAGCACUGUCACCUCCAGCCCCAGUCAACAGCUGCACCGUGAAUCCUUGUCUCCAUGAUGGCGAGUGCAUUGUGGACUUCACCGUGAGUCGUGGGUAUCGAUGUGUGUGCCCACCUGCCUGGCAAGGGGAUAACUGCAGUGUGGAUGUGAACGAAUGCCUCUCGAGCCCCUGUCCGCCCCUCGCCAUGUGCAACAACACUCAGGGGUCCUUCACCUGCAGGUGCCCAGUCGGCUAUCAGCUGGAGAAAGGAAUCUGCAAUCUGGUUAGAACCUUCGUGACAGAGUUUAAGUUAAAGAAGACUUUUCUCAAUACUACUGUGGAAAACCAUUCUGACGCUCACGAGGUUGAAAACAAGAUUGCUCAAACCUUAAACUUGUGUUUCUCGACGUUGCCUGGUUAUAUCCGAUCUACAGUCCGUGUGUCUAGAGAGCCCAGCACAGUGGUGAUCUCGCUGCAAUCCACCUUCGCCUUGGCCUCCAACGUGACACUCUUUGACCUGGCUGAUGGAAUCCAGAAAUACGUCAACUCCUGCAGGUCCUCUGCUGAAGUCUGCCAGCUCUUGGGGUCUCAGAGGCGCAUCUUUAGGGCGGGCAGCUUGUGCAAGCGGAAGAGUCCAGAGUGUGACAAAGAGACCUCUAUCUGCACCGACCUGGAUGGCGUGGCGCUAUGUCAGUGCAAGUCCGGCUACUUUCAGUUCAACAAGAUGGAUCACUCUUGCCGAGCGUGUGAAGAUGGAUACAGGCUUGAAAACGAAACCUGUAUGAGUUGCCCGUUUGGUCUUGGUGGUCUCAACUGUGGAAACCCCUAUCAGCUCAUCACUGUGGUGAUAGCGGCAGCUGGAGGUGGCCUGCUACUCAUCCUGGGGAUCGCACUCAUUGUUACCUGUUGCAGAAAGAGUAAAAAUGACAUAAGUAAACUCAUCUUCAAAAGUGGGGACUUCCAAAUGUCCCCAUACGCCGAGUACCCCAAGAAUCCUCGCUCACAAGAAUGGGGCCGAGAAGCCAUUGAAAUGCACGAGAACGGGAGCACCAAAAACCUCCUGCAGAUGACAGACGUGUACUACUCGCCCACAAACGUAAGGAACCCUGAACUUGAACGCAACGGACUCUACCCGGCCUACACUGGACUGCCCGGAUCAAGGCAUUCCUGCAUUUUCCCGGGACAGUAUAACCCAUCUUUCAUCAGCGAUGAGAGCAGGAGGAGAGACUACUUCUGAGUCCAGGAGGGAGAGGGCCCGUUUCUCUGAGCCACUUCCCCAGACCUCUGGCUCAGAGGACUGCACGGAGAGGGAGUGCCACGCAUUAGCUGCUCCCAGGACUCGUCAGAGCCACACUUGAGGGGUAUGACCACAGUGGAAGGGGACAGAUGGAUGCGGAACCGCAGAGCGCUCGUUCCGCGCUGUUAUCACUGUGAACAUGAACGUGGGCCAGUACCGAGUCUCCGAAUGUCUGGCGCGUAGAACUGGCUGACUUCCACAGGCAACCACUAGGCGGCAUCAUUUCCAGGCCCCAGUUUCCCCGUAAUUUGCACUUUAAUAGAUUGGGCAGGGAGGUUUCAUUUUUGACUCAUUCCCAGGCUGUUUCAGAAAGCCUUCCUUUCCUAGGAUACUUCUACAGGCCUCAGUCUGGUGAUUGACUGGCAGCCAGGUGCUGGCACUUUCGUUUUCCUGCCUGGUGCCUUGUGCUAAAGAACAGAUGGAGGUAAACAGACCGCUGUGAUCAAGCGAUGCUGCAGCCAGGGAGUGGAAUUUUAAGGUUUCUAGGUUGCCUGUGCGCUCAUUUCCAAGCAAACACCCCAAAUGAGAACUUGACCUUUGCAAGGUGCAGCACACGGCUUCCAUUUGUUUUCUAAGUCAAGGUGAUACGCUUGCUUACGAUUUAUUGAUCUUACUUUUCCCAGCAAGAACGCAUCAGGGUAGAAUAGUUUUCAUUUGGUAUUGUUUCAUUAGGCGUGCCCAGCUGCCCCUUAGCGAGUCCCAGCAGGCGAUAUCAGGCCGGUCCUCUGUGUGGUAGGGUGGUUUUGAUCUAUGAGGGAAUGGCAGGGGGGCCUGGGACGCUGACGCCCAGCGUGGAGCCAGAGUCUGCGUGGCCGUAGCAGAAAAGGGAGAGGCCACCCCACAGCGGGAUGUGGCAGAGGGCUGGACUGAAUAACCUGGCCUGUUUCCUGCAUCACCCAGCGUUUUGAGAAGCUGCGGGGUUUCCCCAAGGAAGAACAGGGAGCUAGGAGGGAGUCACAGGUAAGGGUAUGUGCCUUCUGAUCUUUGAACCCACAGUGUCCACAAACUCAUGGAAAGUUUUAACCACUAUUUACUCGCUGGAGAGAGAACUUGGUCAUUUCUCUCACCCGGUCAUCAGUAUGUCUGUGUUCUUGUGCAGCGCCCCCUGGAGACAGAAGUUUGGCCCGCCAGGGGUCUGAGAGCUUGCUUUGGGGAACGGAAGUUUUGUGUUUUGUUUAUUGUAUUGUGGGAGCCCAGUGUGUGUGUGUGUGUGUGUGUGUGGCAGGGGAGGCUCUGUGCCCUGCGGAACUACAGUCAUUUAUCAGUGUGUGGAAUAUCCUGGUUUUGGAUGAAGAGGUCAAAGCAUUGUCCCCCCCUCUGUAGCUGGGAAUUCAGGGGUGUAUCUUUCUGGAAAUGGGGCAGCUGUUUGAAAUAGAUCUGUGUGUAUUUGUUUGGGAUUCUCUGGUUCCUCCGAAAUGUAUGCAGGUCCCCAGCCUGUUUUAAGUGUGCACUGUGUCCCAUAGUCUCCACCGCUUGGGACCAUUAGUCAGGUGCAGUGGGUUUUAAUCAUCAGAUGCAUUCACUAGUACAGAGAAUUCUGUUGCUGUUGGCUGAUGCAUUGGCAUCUAGAAGCCGUGGGUCUCGCCUCUGCCCCACUGUGGAACUGGCGGCUUCUUGCACAUUUGUGAGCUCCUGUGCACCGCUUGCCUGAGCUCAGGUUCCCUGUGAGGUAGCCUGGUUCUAGCCCUUCCCUCCGUGUCCAUGUCUGUCCCCAGCCUUACUGCUGUGAGAAGAACCAGUGUGGCGGCUGUCCCUAGGCGCACUUCUAAUGCCUUCAGCUGGCAUCCCAGCUGGUGAGCGCCUGUACAGGGCCAGAAGCCUCAAGCCCCACACAAUGAAGAUUUUCU